AGAGAGAGAGAGAGAGAGAGAGAGAGAGAGAGACGAAGAGAGAAAAAGAGAGCAAGCAGAAAGAGAGACAGAGUCAUGUCGAGGAGUCGCACGGGGCAGGCCUAUCUGGUGGCGGUCAUCCUACCCCGUGUCGAGUGACAGGCUGCUUACGUAACGGAUUAUUCUCGCUAUGAUAACGACACUCCAGACGCGAACGCGACACGAGAGGAAGCAGCGGAUCGUCAUCGUCACCGGGAGAACCGUCGCGGCGGCGCAGCGCACGACCCCGACAGAAAUACACCACGGCCGACCCGAAUCCCGCUAUCGCCGCCUCUGAUACCCGCGGCUCCAAGAGAGCGUCGCGACGCCCACCUAGUGCGUCCGCCGCGUCCCGGGAAGACCUGGCCCCGAGGUGUACGCGCGUGUAUAUGUGUGACUGCAAAUUAUGACAGCGGUGAUCGUCAUGGAAAACGUUAAUUGGGACCCUGCACUGUCCAAGCUGCUCAACUCGCUGCAAGAGAGCAAGUCGGAGAUACCCAGCUGCACCGAGGAGGAAUUUGGAUUUCUGAGCGAGUUGCUGCAAUCGAAGGAGCUGAACGCCUUGGUGAACGUUCACAACAAGAUCCUCAACAACGUCAAGGAUGACAAGUUCUUUCCCGUACUGUCCAAUUCGAUGGACAUCGACGUCGAGGUCCUUGAUUUGCUUUCCACCAAGACACACGUCUCCGCCGAAUGCAAGGAACUCUUUCAUUUGUUGCAGAAACCGCAUAUCCAGGGUCUCCUCUGCGCCCACGACGCGGUGGCUCAGAAGGACUACUACCCGAGGCUACCGGACAUACCGUUGGAGGUGGACGAGGACGAGGAGACGGUGAAGAUCGUGCAGCUGGUGAAGUCGAACGAGCCCCUGGGCGACGCCGGGGUUGAACCGAUCGUGGGGGCGACCAUAAAAACCUGCGAAGUCACUGGCAAGAUUGUGAUCGCGCGAAUAAUGCACGGCGGCGCGGCCGACAGGUCCGGUCUCAUCCACGUCGGCGACGAGGUCUGCGAGGUCAACGGUAUCAGCGUCGAGGGGAGGACGCCCAGCUUCGUCUUGCAUAUUUUGCAAAACUCGGAAGGAACGAUCACGUUCAAAAUAGUGCCCGCGGAUAGCAAGAGCGGAGUGAGGGAGAGCAAGGUUCGCGUGAGGGCGCACUUUUCGUACGUGGCGUCCGAGGAUCCCUACAUUCCCUGUAAGGAAGCUGGCUUGGACUUUGUCAAGGGUGACGUCUUGCACAUCGUCAGUCAAGACGACGCCUACUGGUGGCAAGCUAGACGGGAAGGCGACCGAAACAUGAGAGCUGGCUUGAUCCCCAGCAGGGCUCUUCAGGAACGCAGGAUCCUCCUCGAGAGACAGCAGAAAGAGAAGCCGGACGAAGACAAUAUAAGCUUGUGUUCUGUUCCAGUGCCUUUGCCCGCAUUGUGCCCCCGUCCCAGUACCUCUUUGCACGCCUCGCCCACAAAGUGCAACUUGCAAGGAAUUAAAACUAAAAAAAUCAUGUAUGACGCUGCAGAGAACGACGACUUCGACCGGGAAGAGGUACCGACCUACGAAGAGGUCGCGAAACUCUACCCCAGGCCGGGCCUGUACCGGCCGGUGGUUCUCAUCGGGCCACCGGGGGUCGGCAGGAACGAGCUCAAGAGGCGGCUCAUGGCGACAGACGCCGAGAAGUACAAGACUCCCGUUCCCUAUACGUCUAGACCACCGCGACCGGGCGAGAUAAACGGCAAGGAGUACCAUUUCGUGACACGGGAGAAGAUGGAGGAGGAGAUCGAAGCUGGCAAGUUUAUCGAGUACGGCGAGUACAAGGGCAACCUAUACGGCACCAAUUCCGAGAGUGUGAGCUCGCUCGUGAACGCCGGAUACGUGUGCUUCCUGAAUCCUCACUAUCAGGCUCUCAAGAUGCUGAGGACGUCGCAGUUGAGGCCGUACGUCGUAUACGUGAAACCGCCGCGGUUCGAGGUGCUGAAGGAAACCAGGAAUGAGGCUAGAGCCAGGUCGACCUUUGACGAGAGCAACUCUCGAGGCUUCACGGACGAAGAGUUCAACGAGAUUCUACACAGCGCGGAAAGGAUAGAGUUCCUCUAUUCUCACCUGUUCGACGAGGUGAUAGUAAACGCCGAUCUCUCGAUGGCGUUCGAGCAGCUGGUCAACGCGAUUCACCGAGUGGAGUCCGAGCCACUCUGGGUGCCGGCCUCGUGGGUUCAAUAAAACCGGCAGACUUCGUACCCGAAAUCGAACAGACGAAGCGCUACGGAGGAACGAAGGGACCGAGAGAGCAAGAGACCGUUUCGUUGCGGGGAGACGCCCGAUCGUUCGCCGCGACCUGGCUAGAUCGAUCGAGCGUUUCUCGCGAUCGGACGCACGAGACGACGCUUCAGCACCUUCUGCACUUCCAAUAGCACCCGGCAGGUGUCACGCAUGCACCUGCUCGUCCAAUCCGCCGCAUUUCGAGUCGCAGUUCACCAGUUUAGAGAGAAAGAGGGAGAGAAGAUAAUCGCGCCUUUAAGCCCGUAGCGGUUUCGAACACUCGCGAAACCCGAUCCUCCGCUUCGUCUCGGUCGUGAGACGAGCCGUAGACGAAUGUGAAGUCUUUUUUUAUUGUCGAAUACCGCGUCGUUCGUUGUUGGUUUGGUCGUUCGUUCGCGACGGUGCGUCGAGUGGAGCGAACGCGACGCGCGUCUUCUCGACGUCGUAGGUUAAUUAAUCGAGCGCGAGGGAGUAAUCUCGAGGACGAGCUCAGAGCGGCUCCAAGUCGUCCGCGUCACCAGGACGCCCUUGUUUCCCGGAUGACUGUCGGACGUCUUGGCGACGCUACGCGUUAGCGCCCUUACUGCCACAAGACGCUUCGCCCAACGACGGGAGGUCUCGCAUUGUCGACCAUGCGGGAACUCGGCGGUGUGCCGAGUUCUCGAAUCGCGUCGCGUCACGACGCGGUAUCUCCGCGGACCCAGCCGUGAAAUUGUAUUCCCGAGACCGCGGAAAUCUCGCGCGACUCGGGAUCAAUGCUCGCGAGACGGCAGACUCGCGUCGAGUUUCACUUCGGGAGCUUCGCCGGAGAGCCGAGAGAGAGACUCGCUUACGCGGACGAUCUUUGAUCUCGAUUGUUGUUAAUUGUUGCCAAAUCAAGUAUCGUACCUUGUAGAACGCGACAUCCGGACAGUCGCCUCGUACACAUACAUACACAUAAACACACUCACACACUUACUGUAUUUUCCACAGUGAUAUACACUCCAUACGCGUGCAUAUACACAAUCACAAACACGUACACGCAAAUACCAAAACGUUGCUAUCUUUCUUUUUCCACGACGACGGAAGGAAUGCCAACGUGCGAGAACGCAAAAAAACAAGAAGCAGUUCGCACUAUCGAGUCGACGUUGCAUAAUUCAUCCUUGGUGUAAACUCUGUAUGUUAUCGAAAAUAUAAGCAUUAAACUUUCAA